GUACUCUUCCUCAAUAGCAGCUAUAGUACUACUGUUACUUGCCAACUAUGGCAACUCAUUCAAGCUCUCCAGCUAAGCCUUUUCUUUUCUCCAUCUUCUUCGUUAUCUUCCUCCAUGAUUUCCUUCACCACUCGGCCGUGGCGGCGGGAUACGCCAUCGGAGUUAACUACGGCACUGUCGCUGACAACCUUCCUCCACCAGCCCAAGUUGCAUCCUUCAUCAAAGACCAAACCUCCAUCGACAAGAUCAAAAUCUUCGACGCCAACCCGGACAUUAUUCGAGCCUUUGCCAACUCCAACGUCUCCCUUACCAUCACCGUCGGAAACGGCGACGUCUUGGCGGUCUCCAAGCUCCCCGCCGCCCGGUCAUGGGUCUCCGCCAACGUCUUACCUUACUACCCACAGACAAAAAUCCACCGUAUCGCCGUCGGCAACGAAGUCAUCGCCACCGGCGACAGGAUUCUCAUAGCCCACCUCGUUCCCGCCAUGAAAUCCGUGCACGAAGCCCUGAGGCUGGCAGGAAUUUCCGAUAUCCAAGUCUCCACGCCGCAUUCCAUGGGUAUAAUGUCAAGAUCCGAGCUUCCUAGUUCAGGUCGGUUCAGGCGUGGGUAUGAUCGGGCCAUUUUUGCUCCGAUGCUGGAGUUUCAUUGCCGAACCGGGUCGCCUUUUAUGGUUUGCCCGUACCCGUUUUUCGGGUUCACCAGCAAGACUUUGGACUACGCUUUGUUUAAGCCAAACAGCGGUGUUUUUGAUAACGUAACUGGCGUGAAUUACACUAACAUGUUCGAUGCCCAGAUGGACGCCGUUUUCUCUGCGAUGAAGAGGCUCGGGUAUGAUGACGUGGACAUCGUAGUCGCAGAAACGGGUUGGCCUUCUGCGGGUGACCCGAAUCAGCGGGGCGUGAGCUUGGACAAUGCCAUAUCUUAUAAUGCUAAUCUUGUCAGGCACGUGAAUUCGGGUUUGGGUACUCCUUUGAUGCCGAAUCGGACCUUUGAUACUUACAUUUUCUCGCUGUUCAAUGAAGAUCUCAAACCCGGCAUCUCGGAGCAGAAUUUCGGGUUGUUCCGACCCGAUUUCUCACCCGUCUACGACGUGGGUAUUCUGCGGAACCAGCAGGGCGUGGGGCCUGCACCAGUAACGCCAACAGCACCAGAUGAUAAAAAGUGGUGCGUCCCAAAAGAUGAUGCUAGCGAUGGGGCUCUGCAGUCCAACAUCGACUAUGUUUGUGGGUCCGGAGUGGAUUGUCAGCCCAUUCAAAACGGUGGGCCUUGUUUUGAGCCCAAUACUGUCAGGUCCCAUGCAGCCUACGCCAUGAACGCUUAUUAUCAAGCCCAUGGCCGGAAUGAUUAUAAUUGUGACUUCAUUGGUACAGGAGCCAUCACCACAACUAAUCCUAGUUAUCAAGAAUGCACCUAUGUGGCUUAGGAGGAAGGAAGAGACAAUGGCACAAUGCCUCGGUCUUCUCUACUGCUGUUCCCAUGCUGGGCAGUUGUUAUAUAUAGCCAAUUCUUCUCCAUGAUCUAUAAAUAUAGACUUCGAGAUGUU